CCGAGAUACAAAAAUGUAUCACUUUUAAAAAAUCUCCGAAAUGAACGGAGCUGUUCUGCAGUUAUCGCUUCUGAUAUGUCUGCUCUGCGCCCCGCUGAACAGGUCACAGGACAUUCUCAAGCUAAAGAAACUGACCUCGGAUCUGGUAAAUGCCAUUGCAGAAGCCAACUCUGGGAAGAAGUAUGGAACCGAAUGGGUUCCGGCCCUGGGAAGAACUUUGGAGGAGGUGCAUAUGACCUCAUCAAGACGGUGCUUCCUGUUCAAAUUUCUGGUUAAGAAAGUGGAAAACUUCUGCCCAAAGCCUCCUGAGUAUUUACCCUCUUGUUAUCCCUCAUGCAAGCAAAACCCGUCACCGCCGGCGCCUCCGCCACCGCCUCCAGCCCCUCCGCCAUCGCCAGUUCCAGGACCUGGUCCAGGUUUCAUCGCUCCGCCUCAUCCCUCGUUCGAGCUCGUGUACCCCGACGGCUCCUACUUCCCCUGGUGCUACAUGCCCUUCUGCCCCACCAUUUGCCAGAGGCCCUACUGCUAUCCCUGCAAGCUGCCCGACUGUAAUCCCCAGUGUGCCCCGCCCACGUGCUACCCACCCUGUGUAGCCCCUGGCUGCGAAUUGCCGCCGACUUGCUGGCCACCCUACUGUCCAGAGCCCUGCGUACCGCCCACUUGUAUACCCGGCAACACGCACGGCGCCAUGCGGAGCUGUGUGCCACCCUACUGCCCGCCGCCCAUGAACUGCCAUCCGCCGUACUGUCCGAAGCUCUACAAGCCUGUGUACCCAAGGACCUUUGCGAGAACCGGUUUGUGCCCGAUGCGGGAUAUUGUCAAAAGAGCGGUUAGGUUUAAGAUUGGAUAAAGAAUAUAUCCUUAUUUGAAAUUUCUGUAUUAUAUCCUGUGUUUUGAGGAUCUUAAAAAAAAGUAAAAUAACAAUAUAUA